AUGUCUUCUUUCUCUUUUAGCUCCCUCGAGAGUCUCUCCCUGGCGGAUAGAGUAUUGUUCAACAAGUUCAGCAAGGGCGCCGAGUGUCCCAUCCCGUACGAUGUCGCACACCACGCGUUCGAGGCGGUUGCGCAGGCGCAUCCCGACCUUACAGCGGUUCGACACUACGAUGGAAGCACAAUCACAUAUGCUGAACUCGACCGACGAGCGAAUAUGCUCGCCAAUGAGCUCAUCCACACAUACGGUUUGAGGAUAGGUGAUCGUGUAGUGUUGGUCUACUCACGAUGUAUCGAGAUGGUGGUCUUCAUCAUGGCUGUCCUCAAGGCUGGUGGACAGUACGUGCCAUUGGAUGGCGGUAUCGUCACAGAUGAUACUCUGGGCUUUGACAUUGCCGACUCUGACGCUCCAGUUGUUCUGUGCCUUCCCAAAUUCUUCGAAAAAGUUGUCCGAAGUGUUCCAGAUGAUAGACGGAACAUGGUCAACGUCGUUGAUCUUGACUCCACUUCACCUCUUUGGAAGAUGGGAAACCCAUCAAAUCCCAUGGUUGAGGUCAACACUGACGAUGGCGCAUACGUCAUCUACACAUCCGAGCCUUCCAAGCUUGGCAUCCGACCUGGAAGGAAUGUGGCACAGCAGCUCAAUGUUGCCUUUGAUAUGUGCGCAUGGGAAAUUCUUGGUACCAUGAUGAACGGCGGCACACUCCACAUCCGAGGCAGCGGUCUCCAGCCCUGGACGGAAUGUCUCCAACGCUGCGACACCAUCAUCGCCACACCCUCCGUCGUCCUCAAGUACAUGCCCAACGUCGAAGACUUCCCCAACGUCGACACCAUCGCCGUCGGUGGUGAGCCUUGUCCCUUGGCUCUGGCUGAGAAGUGGGCUCCUCACAUCAACUUCUGGAAUGUUUGCGGACCUACAGAGAUCAGCAUGCUCAACACGUGCCAUCUUCACCAACCCGGUAUUCCAUUGUCUAUUGGAAAGCCCAACCCCAACACAAACGUUUACAUCUUGGAUGACAAUGAGAACCCUGUUCCCGUCGGUCAGCCUGGUGUCAUGUGGGCGGGAGGUCCUGGUGUGUCGGCGGGUUACAUCAAUCUUCCCGAACUAACAGCUACACGAUACAAGCUGGAUAAGUUUACCAAUGACGGAACCAUGAUGUUCAACACUGGCGAUCUCGCUCAGUGGCUUGAAGACGGCAGCCUUCUUCCCCUCGGUCGCAAAGACGACCAAGUUAAGAUCCAAGGUUUCCGUGUCGAACUCGACGGUGUCUCACGAUCCAUCGAAACCACUCCCGGCGUCAUCAAGGGCUGCGCUCUCAAGAUUGAGAACGCUCUCUGGGGAUUUUACUCUUCAGAUGUUCAGAUCGACGAGAACCAGCUGAAAGCCGCCGUUGGCAAGUCGCAGCCAUUCUACGCCGUGCCAUCAGUUUGGAAGCAUCUGCCUGUUCUUGAGCUCACGCCCAACGGAAAGGUCGACAAGCGUGCUCUGAUGAAGAUUGCUACUGAGGGCGCAUUGAUGGACUCUCUAGGUCUCACCGUUGCGAAGCCUAGACCUCAGACCUUGUGGCCUUCUGGAGAUCGUAUGAUGUCGAUGACGAGUUCGACUGAUGGAACAGUUGUUGGCGCAGACAACAACGUUAUGCGAGAUCUCGAGAAGGACGAAAAGCCGUUGGUGGAUGAGUAUAACGAAGAAGAGUUCCCUCUCCCUGAGAAGAACGGCGUCCACGGAUGGCGAUGGCUGCGACACACAGCCUUCUCAGCAUACCGCAAGCUCUUUGGCUUCAUCUUUGUCACAAACCUAACGAUUCUCAUCAUUCUUCUGGUCAACAGUCGCGAUAACGAUUAUUAUCCCAAGCCCGCACACGUGGCCACGGCAGUUGCUUCGAACCUCCUCGCCGCAGUCCUCGUCCGCCAAGAGUACGUCGUCAACGCCAUCUUCUUCACCUGUUCCCGCGUCCCGACCUCAUUCCCGCUCUCCAUCCGCCGUCACUUUGCCCGCGUGUACCACAACGGCGGAGUGCACUCUGGCUGCGCCGUCUCCGCCACGGCCUGGUGGUUCAUGUACACCAUCUCCGUCACGCGCGAUUUCCUCUCCGAGAAGCACCCAGCACAGAUCAAGUCAGUCGUUCUCGCUCUGACGUAUAUCAUUCUAGGCUUCCUCUGCUUCAUUCUUGGUAUGGCGUGGCCGUCGAUCCGCAUGAAGAUGCACGAUCAGUUCGAGUGGACGCAUCGGUUUGUCGGAUGGACUUCUGUGGCUCUGGUGUGGGCGCACAUUAUUGUCUCAACGGCAGCUUCCACGACAGGACCGCUGGGGCCGGCGCUGGCGCAGAGUCCAACGAUUUGGCUGCUGUCGCUCAUCACAUUGUGCAUCGCUCUGCCCUGGACAAGGCUUCGACGUGUCAAAGUCGUGCCUGAGCCUUUGUCCAAGCAUGCUGUUCGUCUUCACUUUGACUUUUCCACACCUCCACCUUGUUCAUCUCGAGGUGUUCGCAUCACCGAUCGGCCGUUGGUAGAGUGGCACGCUUUUGCAGCUAUUCCAGAGCCCAGUGGUAAGGGUUUCUCGAUUGUCGUCUCCAAGGCUGGUGACUGGACGAAGCGCAUCAUCGAGAAGCCCCCGACAUCCAUCUGGACACGAGGAACGCCUGCCUCUGGUGUUCUUGCCAUCGCUCCUCUGUUCAAGAAAGUUGUUCUCGUGGCCACUGGUUCAGGUAUCGGACCUUGUUUGCCCGUCAUUAUGGAGCGACGCGUCCCGUGCAAGGUAGUCUGGUCAACAAAGAACCCUCUGUCGACAUAUGGCCAGGGUAUCCUCGAUACAAUUUUGGCUUGUGAUCCAGAUGCCACUAUCUGGGACACCGACGCGAAGGGUAGACCGGAUAUGGUGAAGUUGGCUUACCAGGCGUACAAGGAGAGUGGCGCUGAGUGUGUUUGUAUUAUUUCCAACAGAUCCGUCACAGCCAAGGUGGUGUAUGGGCUAGAGAGUCGUGGUAUCCCGGCGUAUGGUCCUAUUCUUGAUUCCUAA